AUGAAUAGAUCACCCGGUGAGUUUCAAAGGUACGCAAAGGCGUUUCAAAAACAAUUGUCGAGGGUGCAGCAGCCUGGUGGCAGAGGCAAAGUGCCUUCACCAAAAGGGGCAUUUGCAGGCAUUGGAGGUUUGAUUUUGCUUGGAGGUGGUGCGCUGUUUAUUAACAAUGCGUUGUUCAAUGUAGAUGGUGGUCAUAGGGCUAUUGUUUAUUCCAGGAUACAUGGUGUCUCCACUAAGAUAUUCAAUGAAGGUACGCACUUCAUCUUCCCUUGGCUUGAUACCCCGAUUGUUUAUGAUGUUAGAGCCAAGCCUCGUAAUGUUGCUUCCCUGACAGGUACGAAAGACUUACAAAUGGUGAAUAUAACCUGUAGAGUGCUUUCUAGACCGGAUGUGGUACAAUUGCCCACCAUAUAUAGAACUUUGGGUCAGGAUUAUGAUGAGAGAGUUUUGCCCUCAAUUGUCAACGAAGUGCUAAAGGCUGUGGUGGCCCAAUUUAAUGCAUCACAGUUGAUUACUCAGAGAGAAAAAGUCUCAAGGUUAAUUCGUGAAAAUUUGGUUCGCCGUGCAAGCAAAUUCAACAUCUUACUGGAUGAUGUCUCUAUUACAUACAUGACUUUUUCACCUGAGUUUACUAAUGCCGUGGAAGCCAAACAAAUUGCUCAGCAAGAUGCUCAGAGAGCGGCAUUUGUGGUUGAUAAAGCCAGACAAGAAAAGCAAGGUAUGGUGGUAAAAGCACAAGGUGAAGCUAAAUCUGCUGAACUGAUUGGUGAGGCCAUCAAAAAAUCUAGAGACUAUGUAGAACUGAAAAGAUUAGAUACAGCCAGAGACAUUGCGAAGAUCCUGGCUAGCUCUCCAAAUAGAGUCAUCUUGGAUAAUGAAGCAUUGUUGUUAAAUACCGUGGUGGAUGCGAGAAUUGAUGGGAGGAGCAAUUAG